AUGUCUAUCCAGUUAUCGUUUGAUGAAGAUGAUGAAGAUUCAGCCUCUCGUUCGGCCCUUUGGGCUUCAAAGUCCCGCGAUAAAGUGUCCUUUAAAAGGAUAAAGAAGGAGGAUGCCAUCAAGUUGAAAACCGAGGCAAUAGAUGUGCGAAUUGGUGACCAGAAGUCGAAGGAGGACCAGUUAGGGGGAGACGACGAAGCAAGGGAGCCAAAAGUGAUGGCCUCUGUUACCAAGUUUGAGAUGCCUCCAGUUUCUUAUGAGCAUAAGAGCAUUCUUGAAGAACUGGCUCAAAGAGAAAGACAAUGGAAAGAUGAAGCCGCAGGAGCUCAGAGCCCUUCAUCCUCUUUGAGCGACAGAGAGGUCGAUCGUGAUUGGUAUAUGCAAGACGAACGAGUGAAUCACGUCUAUAUGGACGAUUAUGAUAUGGAUGAUGAAGAUAGAGUAAGCAAGAUUGACGAGGAUGAUCUUGAGGAGGUUAGUAAUGAUAUUGAUAUCCAUGUGCAUCGAUUAACGCCUCCAUUUUUGGACUCCCAUACUGUUAUGAGUAAUCAUACGGGGAUGAUAGAUGUUAUUCGGGACAGAACAGGAGAUCUGUUCAAGUUCUCGAAAAAUGGUUCCAGCGUAGUCAAUGAGCGAAGGAAGAACCGUGAUCGACAGAGAAAUGCUAGGGAAUCCGUCAGGAGUGAUAAUUCUGCUCUUGAGAAAGUGGUCAGAAAAGGAAGCAACGGCACCAGACAUGAUGGACGUGGUACUCGGACAAAUCCCCCACCUAGAUAUUCUAGAGCAGACAUUCAGCGACAACGGCAGGCCUUGCCUGCAUACAAAGUUCGAGAACAGUUUUUAAAGGUGGUGAGAGAAAAUCAAGUUGUAGUGGUAAUCGGAGAAACAGGUUCUGGUAAAACUACACAGCUUCCCCAGUUUCUCUAUGGAGAAGGUUACAAAGAACGUGGAUUGAUUGGGAUUACUCAACCUAGAAGAGUGGCUGCUGUCUCUGUUGCGCAAAGGGUCAGCGAAGAAAUGAACGUCAAAUUGGGAGAAGAAGUCGGUUUCAGCAUUCGUUUUGAAGAUCGUUCUUCCUCAAAGACUCGUAUUAAGUUUAUGACCGAUGGUAUUUUAUUAAGAGAGACUUUGCAAGAUGAGGAUCUUGACAAGUACUCAUGUAUCAUUAUGGAUGAAGCCCAUGAGAGAUCUUUGAACACGGACAUUUUGAUUGGUUUGUUCAAGAAGUUGCUUGCCAGAAGACGUGACUUGAAGUUAAUAGUGACAUCUGCCACUUUGAAUGCCGAUAAAUUCUCUUCGUUUUUUGGAAAUGCUGAGCAGUUCAUUAUUCCAGGAAGAACAUACCCUGUGGAUAUCAUGUUUUCAUCGGUCCCUGUGAUGGAUUAUGUGGAAGAGGCGGUGAAGCAGGUGCUAAGAGUUCAUUUAAGUGCGGAAAACAAGGGUGAUAUACUUGUAUUUAUGACAGGACAAGAAGAUAUCGAAGUGACAUGCUCUCAGAUUGAAGAGGAGCUCGAUAAUUUGAGAAAGUUGGAUGAAACCAUCAAGCCCCUUCAAGUUCUUCCUAUUUAUUCCACUUUACCUGCGGAUUUGCAGGCGAGAAUCUUUGAGAGGUCCGAGUAUCGUAAAUGUAUUGUGGCAACCAACAUUGCAGAGACUUCUUUGACUGUAGACGGUAUCGGUUUCGUCAUCGAUACUGGAUUGAUGAAGUUGAAAGUUUACAAUGCAAGAUUGAGUAUGGAAUCUUUGCAGAUCACUCCGAUUUCUUUGGCACAAGCCAAUCAGAGAGCAGGUAGAGCUGGAAGAACGGGUCCAGGUACUUGUUACAGGCUGUAUACUUUAACUGCCGCUCAAACAGAGAUGCUCCCCGAGCCGAUCCCGGAGAUACAGCGAACCAAUUUGGAGAAUACCAUUCUCCUACUUAAAUCUUUGAAGGUGAAAGACUUGAGCCGAUUUCCCUUCUUGGAUAGACCUUCCAUAGAAUCGAUUAGUACUGCACAGUAUCAGCUAUGGUCUGAAGGGGCUCUCGACAACUUUGGGGAUCUAACAUUGUUGGGAGAGAGGAUGUCUCGAUUUCCUAUUGAGCCGACUCUUUCUAAAUUCCUUAUUUUGUCGACGUUGGAUCGAUUCCAUUGCUCCAAAGAAGUUGUCACUAUAGUGGCUAUGCUUUCCAUUCCGCCCAUUUUUGUCCGUCCAAACAACGAUAUGGGACUUCAGAAGAAAUCCGAUUCCUCUAGAGAGAAGUUUCAAGUGGCUGAAAGUGAUCAUCUCACCCUACUCAACAUCUACGAUCAGUUCAUGAGUCACGGGCGAAAUGAAAAAUGGUGUCAGCAUAAUUUUUUACAGCAUAAGUCGUUACGGCGUGCCAGCGAGAUCAGAGAACAGUUGGUUCAGAUCAUGAAGAACAACAAACUUGAUUUAACUGUUCAGGAUUGUGAAGACUGGAACCUAAUUAGAGAAUGUGUCUGUGCAGCAUUUUUUCUGAAUGGAGCUAGUUUCAAGAAGUAUGGUCAAUAUCAACACCUUAGAAGUGGCCUAGAGAUGGCUUUACACCCCACUUCAGCUUUAUACGGCAUGGGAGAUCUUCCAAAAUACGUGGUAUAUCACGAAGUAAUUCUUAGUGGACGAGUGCAGCACAUGAACUACGUGAGUACAGUGAAAGGAGAAUGGUUGAUAGAAUAUGGAGGAGUCUUUUAUAGUAAACGAGUGAGAGGGGUGAGCAGUAAGGAGCAUCAAAGGAGGAAAGAGACAGAGUAUGAGGAGUAUCUACAAGCAAGUAAGAAGUAA